AGAGAGAGAGAGAGAGAGAGAGAGAGAGAGAGAGAGAGAGAGAGAGAGAGAGAGAGAGAGAGAGGGUGUGAAUUAUAAAUGUGUUGCAUUUGGAUUAUUUGCUGACUGAUCAGUAUUAAUAUUACUACAUGUGGCAAGAGGAGGAGGCAGAGUUGUGGUUAACUUAUUGAGAAAUGGCUAUAAGGCCUGCAUCCCCUAUUCCCUAAAUAGUGCACUGCUUUUGACAAGAGCCCUAAGAGUCCUGGUUAAAAGAAGUGCACUAUAUAGGUGAUAGGGUGCUAUAUGGGACAUAUUCUGUAUGUAGUAUGGCUGUAGCCUAACAUUGCCCACACAGUGUUUUGGCAAGAACACAGGAAGUCUUCCCUGUUCCUGGUCGUUUGAAUGUAAUUGUUGUCGAGGCGGCGUAGAGGAAGGAACUCUUCAGGAAUUUCCUUUAAAAGAGGAAAGUGCUCUUUUCCUUUUGUGAAGCCAAAAUAUUUGUCAGCUAAAGAGGACAUUGGGAACUAAAACCCACAAUGGAACAUUUCAUUGGAGACUUGUAGUAGUUUGUAGUAGUGCUGGUUUACAAGACUUUUAGAGACAUCCAGAUACCAAAUAGUUGGUUAGAAAAUAAGAAAAUAAGACCGUCUGGAUGAAAGAACCAGCAGGAUUCCUUUGACAGAGAAUGCCAGACUUUGAUGACAACAUUUGCCCACGAAGGACCACUGCGCCACCUUCCUGUUCAACUGAGCCCAGCACAACAAGGAUGUGCUCCAACGGCUCGGAUGAGUUCUUCCAGGCUACAAACCAUGCGGAACAGACCUUUCGCAAGAUGGAGACUUAUUUUCAGCACAAGCAGCUGUGUGAUGUUGUCUUGAUAGCAGGAGAUCAUAAGAUCCCGGCUCACAGAUUGGUCCUCAGUGCAGUAUCUGACUACUUUGCUGCCAUGUUCACCAGCGAUGUGAGAGAGGCCAAACAGGAGGAGAUCAAGAUGGAGGGGGUGGAUCCAGAAGCCUUGAGAUCUCUGGUCCACUUUGCCUACACUGGUGUCCUUGAAUUGAAGGAGGAGACCAUAGAGAGUUUAUUGUCUGCAGCCUGCCUUCUGCAGCUCUCACAAGUCAUUGAGGUCUGCUGUAACUUCCUCAUGAAACAACUCCAUCCAUCUAACUGCCUGGGGAUACACUCCUUCGCUGACGCCCAGGGAUGCAUGGAUCUGCUCAACGUGGCCCACAACUACACUAUGGAGCACUUCAUAGAGGUGAUUCAGAACCAGGAGUUUCUCCUGCUUCCUACUGCUGAGAUCGUCAAACUCUUGGCUAGUGACGACAUAAACGUACCAGAUGAGGAGACCAUCUUCCAGGCUCUGAUGACGUGGGUGCGGUUCGACGUUGAGCAUCGCCAGCAGGACCUUGGGGUUCUCCUGGCCUACAUCCGCCUGCCUCUUCUACCUCCACAGCUCCUAGCUGACCUGGAGAACAACACCAUGUUCUCAGAUGACCUGGAAUGCCAGAAGCUUCUAAUGGAAGCCAUGAAGUACCAUCUGCUGCCAGAGCGUCGCCUCAUGUUCCAGAGCCCCAGGACCAAACCCAGGAAGUCCACUGUAGGAGUACUCUACGCUGUGGGAGGCAUGGACGCUACCAAGGGUUAGACCUACUCUGCAUUC